CAUACGCAUAUAUCUUGUUAUAAGGCUUGUUUUGCAUCCUGUUCAAUGUCUAUACCUGGUAAAUAUGGUCAAUUUCCAGGUUUUCGCAAUUCAGGCUCAUCAAAAAGAUUACGUAUAGAUUCAAGAAGUUCCAAUAAUACAGCGUUUUUAACGCGUAAAACAUUCUCUGAUUUCAGAUUAUCUCGUCUUCAGAUUGGAAAUUUCAUUUCUGAAGAAACACGAGAAGAAAAGGAUCAAAAAGAUGCACGAAUUCGAUUUUACUUUAGAAACUCAACAGAUAUACAAUCAGAAAGUAAUUUAUCAGCAACAGAAGCAGCACUUGUUGCACCCGACCGGGUUUCACUCUCAAUAAAAAAGGGUACAAAACGUAUUAUUAUUCCAGCAGAACAUAUUUUCUCAAUAGAAUUCUCCCGUAAUGAAGGGAGAAUAGUUAUUCAUACAGACGGAUGGGCAGUGUUUGAAGAAUUGACGACUAACGGGACGAAUAAACAAAUAUUUCGGGUAACAAAUGUAGAUCCUACAGAGGGCGAACUUUUACGGGUUAAACGGAUUGAAAUAUGGCUAAAUUUAUCUAUGCCAUUAACAGAGCCAAAAUGGACUAAAGGGAAUCUUAUGGAUAAUAUCGAUAAGACGUCUCAAUUUCAUAAUAUUCUACAUAUUCUAGAUGCAGAUCCAUGCCCGACGUUACAGAGUAUUAUCGAGCAAUGGACUAGGGAAUCUACGGUUGGAUUUCAAUCGGAACGAUUAUUAUUUCAAAGAUCUCAACUUUGUAAAUUAGGACGUCUUUUAGAUAUUUUUUCGAAUGUUUUAAAGCCGGAUUCAGUAUUAACGGCACCGAUGAAUGCGAUUUUGAAUAUAGUGCGAAUGAUGGGGACUAAGACAGAAAUAGACCAAGAGGAACUUUUAAUAAAAGUAAAACAAGCAUUGUUCUUAAUUCCGGAAUAUUUAAUAUCGAAAAGUCUUGAUACUAUGUUUAAAAAAGAACUUGAUUUUGGGUCGGAAAGUGCAUCAAAUGAUUUUGAAAUAUGAUUUAAAGAUUAGCUUUUUAUAAAAAAAAAAGGUAAAGCUAUGAUAA